AUACCCAAACCUCCUGGUGAGGUUGGUAGGCCGAAUCGUGGUGGCUAUUCUCUGUUUCUAGUUCUGGGGUGGCCGAAGAAGAAGUACGACAAGGUCAAGAAUUUUAUCAACGACCUUGUCGAGAAGCACCUGGAUUGUGGCCUUCCCAUGAGCGAACAAGCGCGCGAAGACCUCAAAAAGGUACGAAUAAAAGCUACGGAGAAAUUUGUCUUUCUGAAGGAAUAUAGUGGACUCUGGGUCACCAACGACUUCAUUCGAAACCAUCUCAAAUACCAGAAG